CACCUUCGGGGGCUGUGCUUCGAAGGCCAAGACCCCAAGAGCUAAGAAACCCCGACCCAAGACAAUAUUUGAUACCGUCUCGUACCUUUUUCUAAUUCAAGGCGCGCAUUUGGAAAUGCCGUGACACUGCAUGCGCUAUGUACAUUAUCGAUAGCGGCUGAUCGGCAAGCUGAAGCUCUGAUGGAGUUUAGUUGCAUGCAUUGUACAUGUAACAGGUGAGGUACCGAUCAGCCCCACUACCUGAGCUACCUAACUUUGUCAAGCAUCGAAAUGCUCAUCAGCCCCUUGACAAAAUGCUCUACGACCUCAACAUCGACUGGUCGAAGGCGACCAGCACCGCCGAGCUCGAGCGGACAUUGAGGUUUAGUUCCCAGCUCGGAUACAACGUCGUCGCGCUGAAUCACACUCUCGACGCCCCGCUUCCCUCGCAGAUCUCCAACCCGAUUCCCCAAUUCCCUCCUCCUUCUUCUUCCAAAGCCACUUCCCAAACCGAAAACCAACAGCAACGCAUCCCUACCGUCCUCCGCCGCCUGACCGUCAACUUCUCCGACCCCUCCCAGAACCAGCAGCUCCCCAAAGCCGCGCAGGCCUACGACAUCGUCGCCCUGCGCCCGCAGACCGAGAAGGCCUUCCAGGCCGCCUGCCUGACCGUCAGCGCGACCGACGUCUCCCUCAUCUCCCUGGACCUGACGGCCCGCCUGCCCUUCCACCUGCGGCCCAAGCCGUGCAUGGCCGCCGUCGCGCGGGGCCUGCGGUUCGAGGUCGCGUACGGGCGGGCGCUGGCGCCCGAGGCGGACGCGCGCGCGCGCGCCAGCUUCGCCGGGAACGUGGUGCAGCUCGUGCGGGCGACGCGCGGCCGCGGGCUCGUGCUGAGCAGCGAGGCGGCCGGGCCCAUGGCCCUGCGGGGCCCGGCCGACGUCGUCAACCUGCUCGCCGUGUGGGGUCUGCCUGCGGACCGGGGCAUGGAGGCCCUGGGGACGAACCCGCGCGGGGUGGUGGUGAACGAGGGGAUCAAGAGGAGCGGGUUUAGGGGCGUGGUGGAUAUCGUUGGGGUGGCGGAGCGCAGCGAAGAAGAAGAGAAAGCAAAGGUGGCGAAGCAGAAAGAGAUUGUCGAGGUGAGGGAUAAUAGGAAAAGGAAGAAUGGAGGGGGUGAGACGGCUGAGAAGGGAGGGGAGAGCGGUAGUGGUGUAGGAGGAGGGGAAGGAGGGGGAGAGAAUGCACCGAUGAGUAAGAGGCAAGCGAAGAAGCUCAAGGCUGCGUUGAGGAAAAAGGAGGUUGAAGAGAAGGGAACUUAGUCAUGAAAGAUGAACAAAAACAAAACAAAAAACAAUUAUAUAAAAUAUCAAAAAAGCUACCUUAGGUACAUAUGGUAACGGCGUUUGGCAUAAUAGAUUAGCAAAACUUGAGAUACCCUUA